CCGGGCUCUCUCCGCGUCCUUCCGGCCCCGGGCGCGCAGCCGCGGCGGCGCCUCCCGCAUUGGCGGCGGCGGCCUCGUGCGAUGGUGACGCCGUAGGGCCGGGGGAGGCGGCGGCCGGGCCGGGCGGGCGGCGGCGGCAGCGGCGGCCGCGGGACGGGGGCGGCGGCAGGAGCUCCGCCGGCCGUGGGCAGUGUGCAUGGUUCCAUCUGCUUAGAGGAUUGCAGAGACUACCAUUCCUGAUUUGAAGACAAGAUCAAUUGUGCUGCUCUGUUUAGGUCUAGAGGAUGACACUUUAUGUGCCACGGAUUUCCUUAGGAGAUCAUCACUGGAUGUGUUAAGCCGUUCUACAGCUUUUAGAGCCAACACGUAAUCAGCCAAACUGAACCAAGAGGAAAGAGAAUAUUUGAGAAGGCUCCCAGCAUCUCAUGAACGAACUAACGGAACUCGAUAAUGCUGGUUCUCCAGAGCCAGGUCUACGGCUCAGAAGAGGACACAUGUCUGACCCUGCAACAACACAGGCAGCCUUUGAGGAGGACAGCUCUCAACAGAGGCUUCUUUUAGAGGAGCCACCUCUGUCUUCUGAUCAGGAAAAUUGUUCUGAGGAUUGCAAACACAAUGAUGAGUCACCUCAAGAAGACGAAGGGUUUAUGGGUAUGUCGCCUCUUCUACAAGCCCACCAUGCUAUGGAGAGAAUGGAAGAAUUUGUGUGUAAGGUAUGGGAGGGCCGAUGGAGAGUCAUUCCCCAUGAUGUUCUGCCUGACUGGCUGAAGGACAACGACUACCUGUUGCAUGGACACAGACCACCCAUGCCUUCCUUCCGGGCUUGUUUCAAGAGUAUCUUCAGAAUACAUACAGAGACUGGUAACAUCUGGACACAUCUUCUAGGAUGUGUGUUCUUCCUCUGUCUGGGAAUCUUCUACAUGUUCCGGCCAAACAUGUCCUUUGUAGCACCUGUGCAGGAGAAGGUGGUCGUUGGAUUGUUCUUCUUGGGAGCCAUACUCUGCCUCUCCUUCUCAUGGCUCUUCCACACAGUUUAUUGCCACUCAGAAGGUGUUUCCCGGCUCUUCUCCAAGCUGGAUUAUUCUGGCAUUGCACUUCUCAUAAUGGGCAGCUUUGUACCAUGGCUGUACUACUCCUUCUACUGCAACCCUCAGCCUUGCUUCAUCUACUUGAUUGUGAUUUGUGUCCUGGGCAUCGCAGCCAUAAUCGUCUCACAAUGGGACAUGUUUGCCACCCCUCAAUACCGGGGUGUAAGGGCAGGAGUAUUUCUAGGUCUGGGUCUUAGUGGGGUAAUUCCCACUCUGCACUUUGUCAUCUCUGAGGGGCUCCUGAAAGCAGCCACAAUGGGGCAGAUAGGCUGGCUGGCACUCAUGGCAUGCCUGUACAUCACUGGUGCUGCACUAUAUGCUGCCCGCAUCCCGGAGAGAUUCUUCCCUGGCAAGUGUGACAUCUGGUUCCACUCCCAUCAGCUGUUCCACGUCUUUGUAGUGGCUGGCGCCUUCGUGCACUUCCACGGAGUUUCGAACCUCCAGGAGUUCCGUUUCACGGUCGGAGGAGGCUGCACAGAGGAAGAUGGGAUGCAGUAGAACCAGCCUUCAGCCCGAGACCGUAACCAAAACAGCCGCCGGCGCGGUGAAGCAUACAGGCUAGCAAAAGGAAUACCUAAGAAGAAUCCACGUUUCAGCUGAUGAGGCAUGGAGCUUCAUGGGGAUUCUGACUAACCAAGAUAAAAUUCUAUACCUCAAGCAAUGGAAUAAAUCAAUUUGAAGACCGGGAAAUUCUGAAACCCUAAUUUAUUCUUGGGAUCUACAGAUUGAGCUACAGAGGACCCUUUCCAAAUCGGCUUCUGUUCAAUGCCAUAUUUAUUUGUAGAAUUGGGGAGGGAUAGCUUAGCAGUUUCUGUUUUUUUAAAAAAAGAAAAAAAAAAUCAAGGUUAAAUUUAUAUCCUCUUGGAGGGUUCGGGCGUUGAUUUUAGAUGCUCUUUUGGGAGAAAAACAAAUUGUAAAUAAGAUUUCUAACUUUCUGUUUAAAUAAAAUUUAUAUAAAUGUUUUAAACAAUGGGUGGGGGGAAAAGGGUUUUUGUAAAGAAUGCAACAUGCAAGUACCACACACUGUUUCAAUUUUGCACAAAAUAAAUGAUUGCAGGAGGACCAGGUAAAAUUCCCAGGAGUGAAGCACGUUGGCCCUGCAGAUUUGCCUGGUGGCCAGCAUGCCCUGGGCAAUGUGGGGUCCUGGCCAGCACUUGGAGUAGGCUCAGUACAUGUACACAAGGGUUGUGAAGGCUGGAUUAGUCACGUUGUCAUCCAGGUCACAGUGUGAGCAAAGGUAUUUACUCCAGUAACUUGAAGGAUACAUCCCAAGUGUGUGGGACAGCUGCCUUCCAAGCUUGCGUGGCGUGUGUAGUUGUGGGUGAUGGAUCUUACAGUUAGUUGUUUUGGUUCUCAUCAUAUGGAUUGGAGCAUAAUGGGAUAACUGCACAUGAAAUGGCAAACAGUCCAACUCCAUCAGUGCCUGCCUAUACCCAAAGGCCCCCAUUGAGAAGAUGGUUGCCAUUUGCUUUGUUUGACCUGAAGAAAUGAUGGUAAUAGGCUUGUCAGAAGAUAGUUGAGCAUGUGAGGGGAAACAGAGGUGGGGUUAAGAUGGACUGGAAAGAGGAAGCUGUGUGCUCCAGGACUUGGAGUUAACAGUUACUGCAGACCUCAAGCACAUUACCUUCUCGUGUGUCAGGCUCCAUAUGCCAAGGGAGUUUGCAGGUUUUUCUUUUUAAGAGGAGUAAAUCCACAACCAGCCCAGUGCAGUUCCUUUUUUUUUUUUUUUUGUCCCUAGUAAGGUCUGCUUCCCAUCUGUGCUUUAGCAAUGGGACUAAUGGGACUGCUGGUAUUUCUAAACCUAAAACUGAGAGUUCAACUGGAUUGCUGUGGAGCAGACGCACCUCCUAUAUAAGGGGAGGCCUAUACCCUUCUCUUAUGUAAUUGAUGUAGCUUGAUCUUUGGAGCCCAGUCAGAAGCCAGACUGAAGGAGAAUCUUUGGAGUUGUAAGAUGAAACUUGAACGUUUUGUUUGUUAUGGCACAGAUAUUGCUUGGAGUCUUUAGCUGGAAAUUCAGAGCAAUUACCUCUCUCACAGAUGAGUUAAACAGCUCAUAACAUGCUGUAUUUCACAAGGAAGGAAGGUAAGGGGUGGUUGAUUGGUGUGUGGGUUUUCUUUUGUUGUUGGGGUUUGGGGUUUUUUUAGACUCCUGCAAGUUUCAGUUUUCAUCCUUCAAGAGAAAGAUUCGGAUUGCAAAGAUCUUCCCAUACUGUGGAUGCCACGGAGUGUGUUUUGGGGAGUUGCUUAGUCAGAUAGAAGCAGAAUGCCUUCCUAAAGUUGACUGGAUAUUAAGCUUCUCCCCUUGAAUGGAGUAAAGCCUCUGAGAGCAAGGUCAGCUGCAAAAAGAGGUGCUGCAGCAGAGCCUGCAAGUUUAGGGGGACAGGUUCUCAGUAGGAUCAUGACACUGGAUGCUUGUAGGGCUGGAAGUGGUUUGUCACAGGUCUGUGUGGUACUUAUAUGAAGUAAAGAGCAGUAUUAACUUGGAUGUAAGGGCUAAAUGGCACUGGAGGAAGUGUGCUGGUGUCAGAAAAGCGUGGUACAUAUCAGAAUCAGAGCUGUCUGUAAGGUGCUUUGGGAUACCUCUGAACAGUACCAGCAGAAGCGACAGUCUCCAUCCUGGAUCAUCCCACGUUCACUCCUUGAAGGGUGAUUGUAACCUGGUCCUACACAGCACAGAACUAUUACAAAAACACAGUACUCCACCUGCUAUUCUUAACCCAGUCAGUCUCUCCGUUCAAGAAGUUUGUGUGUUCCAAUAAAAACAACCUAGCUGUGCACUUUUCUGUAGCUUUUGCUGAGAACUCUUCCCAGGUUGGCACCUGAAUGCCUUACUCUCAGCAGUCAGAGGCUUGCUUGCUCUGUGUGCAGGUUAUUGCCAUAGAAUAGUUAGGACCUACAGCUUCUUUCCUUCCCCAUUAAAUAGUGGCCUUGUUCAGUAUAUUUCUUUUUAAAAAUUGCUUACUGUUGGAAGCAAUGAAGCACAUUCUGGGGUUUUGAUGGCUGGGGACUCUGGUGAUGGUUCCAUAUAAGAUGGGAUCUUAUUACUUGCUGUAUUCUUAACUUCUGCUAAUAAAAGAACCAAAUGGA